UAUCAAACUUUUUCUUCUCUCAUUUGUUUCCGGUACCAAGCAGCGGAAAAGAGAGAAAAUGUUCACUCAUUUCGAAAAAUAGUUUUCUUUUUUUCCUCCUUUUAUAAUUUCUUUUGUUUUGUGUCUUAGAUCUGAAUUGACGAAUGGCGACGACGACCUCGUCGUAUUGGUGUUACCGAUGCAACCGAUUCGUCCGGAUUUUUAACCAAGAUCCGAUCAGUUGCCCCGGCUGCGACGGUGGAUUCGUAGAAGAGAUCGAAAACCCGUCUCACACAGCGCGUACGGUCCAGGCCGGUUCCCGUCGCUUUGGCAGCCACAGGUUCCCAGCAGCCUCGAUGUACACUAACACUAGUCCUACCACCAGCACCAUCCUCCGCCGUAGCCGUCGUAACGGGGGCGAUCGGUCACCUUUCAAUCCCGUCAUCGUCUUACGAGGUGGAGCCUCUACCGCCACAUCCUCCGCCUCCGGGGAAAAUUCAAAUGUUGAACACAACGGGAGAGGGUUUGAGCUUUACUAUGACGACGGAGGGGGGUCAGGUCUUCGGCCGUUACCCCCGAGUAUGUCGGAAUUUCUGCUAGGUUCGGGGUUUGACCGAUUGAUUGAGCAGUUAUCACAAAUGGAAAUCCAAAACGUCGGCCGUUACGAGCAACCGCCAGCGUCUAAAGCGGCGGUAGAAGCAAUGCCAACGGUGGAGAUAGACGAAACCCAUGUUUGCAACGAAUUAUACUGCGCAGUUUGCAAAGAGCAAUUCGAGUUGGGAACCAAAGUUCUAAACAUGCCUUGCAAUCACUUAUACCAUUCUAACUGCAUACUCCCUUGGCUUCAGUUACGAAAUUCAUGCCCCGUUUGCCGGCAUGAGUUGCCCGCCGCAGUCGGCGAAGAAGGGAGCGAAAGCGGUGGCGCGAAUUUAAAUUCGUCCGAGGAGGUUCCGGUGGGAUUGACUAUUUGGAGGUUACCGGGCGGAGGGUUCGCUGUGGGGAGGUUUUCAGGGGGAAGAAGAGGAGGAGCAGGGGAGAAUAGAGAGUUUCCGGUUGUUUAUACGGAAAUGGAUGGUGGUUUUAGCGGUGGAGGGUUGCCGCGGAGGGUUUCGUGGGGGAGCAGAGGGAGUAGAGGGAGGGAAAGAGGAGGGUUUUUUGGAAGGCUUUUGGGAAAUUUGUUUGGGUGUUUUGGUGGUUCAAGUUCUGCUCGGUUGGAUUCAAGGAUAAGUAGAAGUAGUAGAUCUCUUUUGCUCUUUACUGCUUCUUCAAGGAGAAGAAGAGGUUGGGCUGUGGAAGUUGAUAGUGGAAGAAGAAGAUGGUAAAUAUUUUGAAGCCCAAAGAUUGUGAGAUCCUCAAAUCAUUGUAAAUAUUAAGAAAAAUUAUGAGAUGGGGUGUUUUCCAAUUCACAAUAUUUUGUCAAGAAUUGAUGGUUUUGUGAAUUGAAGAGAAAGGUUCAGACUUUGAUAUAAUUGAAGGGAAAAAGCAAAGAAGGAGACGGAAGCUUGAAGCCAGAGGCUUUGAAGGGAAAAAAUGUGCUAGAUAGAGAGCUAGAAGGUACACGGCUCAUUGUACGUCGGUGCCUCUGUACUUUGUUUAAUUUUUAGUUUUGCGCUGUUUUUUUUUUUUUCCUUCAUUAUUUGUAAUAUGUAGUUUGCUGUCUUUGAUUCUUUUUGGCAAGAAAUUAGCAUAAAAUUUUGUUUGGAAUAUGAAUGAAUAACUCUGUGUUACAUAA